GGGUAGAGUCAGCAGCGCGCAGCCUUAUGGGCAGGUAGGUCUACCUGUGGCUCCCUUGGGAACCACUUCCAUAGGGCUCUGCUGCCACAGCUGACCGACAGAGACACCGGUGAUUGGGACCACGGAAAACACCAUGAGAUAGUUUCCCUCAUCAUCGCUUUUUGUAAACUAACUGCGGUUCCGCCUUUUGUUUCGGAGCGUGAGCCCGCACCGAGUCCCGCACUGGGGGGGGGUUUGGUGGCAGACGGAGGGAAGUGCUUCCUGAUAAUAAAGAGGUGCGUCUUAUUUCCACUCCAGUGAUUGACUGCGCACGGCUUUCACCGCCGGAGCUCGGGGCAUUGACGCAUUGUGGAGUCGACAGUGGGUGGGGGGGAUAGCGCCAAUGCAAACCCGGCUUCGCAACACUACGGAGGCAUCUAUCGGUGGAACAGCGAUGGCCGUGGUGCAGCUCGACACGGAGGACCAUCAACCCGAGAACGGCUUCGUGUCCCCCGACACCGCGUCGCAGGAGCUGCUGACACGCAUCGACGACUCCGUUCUGCCGUUUCUCGGGGGAUUUGGGAAGUACCAGAAACAGCUGAUCGUGCUGACAUGGAUCCCGGCGUUAUUUAUCGGAUUCAGCCAGUACUCUAGUAAUUUCCUCCUCGCCCAGCCGAACACCACAUGCGUCCAUCCGCUGGCGAACCUGACUGAUCACACCGCGAGUCGCCCCUUGUUAUCAGGCGAUCCGAGAAACAUCAGCGCGCGGCCGGCUUACAUUUAUGACAAUGGAAGUGACGGCACCCACACUGACAAUGCCAGCAUGCACUGCAAAUGCAGCGAGUGGACGUUCGAGCUGCACACGGGACUUGCACAGAACGUGGUCACCAAGUGGAGUCUGGUGUGUGAAUCAGCAUGGAAAGUCCACAUCGCCAAGUUUUCUCUCCUGGUGGGAUCCAUCUUUGGAUACCUGACGUUUGGAAUCCUUGCUGACUGGUUUGGCCGCCACCCGGUGCUGAUAAUAUCGGUGCUGUUCAUGCUGGUGUUUGGUCUGACUGUGGCCUUCUCUGUCAACGUCCCCAUGUUCAGCACCAUGCGCUUCUUUGAGGGCUUCUGCCUGGCAGGGCUCACACUGUCUCUCUACGUCCUCAGGAUCGAGCUGUGUCUCCCUGGAUGGCGCUUUUCCAUGACCAUGGUGGCCAGUUUUGUGAUGUUGGGCGGUCAGCUGCUGAUGCCAGGGGUGGCAUACCUCUGUUACGACUGGCAGGUACUCCAAGUUGUCAUCAUCUGCCCCUUCUUACUGAUGCUGUCCUACAUUUGGAUCUUCCCUGAGUCACUGCGUUGGCUGCUGGCCACUCAGCAGUACUGCCGCUCCAAAUGGAUCAUGGGACACAUAGCAGCGAAAAAUCAAGUGAACUUGGAGCUCGACAGCGAUAAUAUCCUCACAGAACUGCAGAGAGCUCUUCAAAAGAAACCCAAGAAGACGUGCAUCGUGAAAAUGGUCGGGACGAGAAACCUGUGGAAGAAUAUUGUUGUGCUCUGCGUCAACUCGCUAACAGGCUACGGGAUCCACCACUGCUUUGCUCGCAGCAUGAUGGACCCCGAAGCUCAGGAGACGACCAUGUUCCAUAACUUCUAUGCAGAUUAUUACACCAUGGCGGGCAUUGCGGUGGCGUCCUGCAUGGCGCUUUGCCCGGCGGUGGGCCUGAUGGGCCGGAGGGGCGGCCUUCUCAUGUUUAUGAUCAUCACUGCCCUGGCCUCACUGCUGCAGCUGGGCCUGCUCAAUUUGCUGGGGAAGUACAGUGGCCAUCUGAAUAUAGAAAACUCAAGUACGCUGAAUAAGAACUUCUCCAUCGCCUUCUCCAUCAUCGGCAUGUUCUCCUCCCACGCAGUCAGCAACCUGAGCAUCUUCUUCUGUGCUGAGAUCACGCCCACUGUGAUCAGGGGUGGUGGGCUGGGCCUGGUCCUAGCCAGCGCCGGCUUCGGCAUGCUGACUGCACCCAUCAUGGAGCUCCACAAUCAGAAGGGCUAUUUCCUCCAUCACAUUAUCUUUGCCUGCUGCACUCUCAUCUGCAUCAUCUGCAUUCUCCUGCUGCCCGAGACGCGCUACCAGCCCCUCCCCGAGACCCUUGCCGAUGGCGAGUGCUACACCCGUCAACCUCUCCUUCCACCGAGGAAACCUGGAGAACAGCGGCAUUUGCUGCCUCAGUCUGAGAGCAGCAGGGACUACACCAGGGUGCACGACACGCCGCUCCACGAGGCAGCCGCCACCGCGGUGGCCACUAUGGAAUCCACCACCUCUUCGGCUGUCGAUCUGACUGCUCCGUCUGUCGGGGAUGCGUCCGCUCCCGUGUUCAUGGAGGUGCACCCCGGCAAGCCUCCGCCAAAAGACCCCAACGGCCACUCGGUUGCAUCAUUAUCCACAACCCCCAUCACAGCCCUGGGUAAAGGUGGCAUCAUACAUGCCAGUAAAGAGCACCUGCUGUCCUCCUCUCCUUUACACAAUCUCCCAUGCAUCACAGACCCGCUUUUAGUUGAUGCCAAAGAACCUCCAGCAAUAGCCCUGAAAUCUGCUGAGCCACUGACGGAUUCUGCUGUUCUUGAGAUGAGUGAGAUUUGCCCUUCCACUACAAAAGAGUCAGCCGCUUCCCCUUCCCCCUCAUUAGACUGUUUCACUCCCCCCGUCCCUCAAACUGUGCCCGCCUCCUUAUUGAUCUGCACCACACCCAUCAUCGAACCCCCGCCUAGAAAUGAGAUUGACGAUAUUGGCCUGAAAUUCGACCCACCUUUGCUAGAGGUCAUAGAAACCACUUUAGCAGACUCCCCCACUCCAUCUAUGCAUGACAGCCCCCCUCCAUCCCCAAGCCCCUCUCCUGUUCCGAUGACUGAUAACAACCUCUUCACUGAUCCACCACCCUCCAUUAGCAUACACUUGGACAAUCCCACCCAGUUAGAAAUAGUCGAAGAAUCUACAUCUACUCCUUCCCCUAGAGACUCCCCCAUACCUCCUGUGAUAGAACCUCAACCGCCACAGAUGGACCCUACCUCUCCCUGUGUUGAUGAUAUAGCUCCUUGUGUCCCUACUCCCCCUAGCCCAGUCACUGUUCCCCCUUCCCCCACUCCUCCUCCAGCCGUUGACCCAGGCCAUACGUCCUCAGCGGCCUCUUCCACUCCCCCUAUCAUAGAUGCUAUCAACAUAACUGAACUUGUUCCUACCAUUCUCCCCGUCACAGACAUUGUGCACACCUCCUCUCCAGAAGCUACCACUCUGACUGUUCAGGAUUCAGCUGCUUCCCUUGCCCCAGCACCAACACCCAUCACAGAUUCAGGCUCCACAGAAGCAACUCCCUCCUCUCUAAUGGACUGCACUGUCUCCUCCCCCAUAGACUCUGGUGUCCUUUCCACCAGUGACAGUGCCAUCACAGAAAACAACACUGUCAAUGGCGUGGAAUCGUUAUGAUGCGUAGCUGCAGCCAGGAGAAGACGCUUUAUGGUUGCACGAGGAAGCAGCACAUGCCACAUAAAUAACCGACAAAGGGGCGAGGAAGGGGGGCACCAACUGCCCUACUCAGACUUCAGACCCUUACUGAAGAUUGUCCCCACCCGGAGUUGAAUAGACGCGUCUUACAGAGAUACCGUAUCUUUCUCAAUUCCCCACCCCCCCCCUCUCACCUUCCUGUAUUUAGCCAAUAAACGAGACCACGCAAGUGAGAGAGUGCCAGGGGCUGUUUUGUGACAAUGUGGCAGUAUCCUCUGCUCUUUUUGAAUGUCACUGGAAAUCACCAGCCUUCAAACUACUUUAAUGUAAAUGAAUGGAGAAUCACUGUCUGUCAUUUUCAAGAGUCUUGUACCCUAAGAGGACUGGUGAGACAUAAAAUGAUGCUAAAAUACAAACAAACAAAAAAAUCACUGGUACUUUUGCUCAAAUGAAAUGUCCGUCUAACAUAUUUGCAUACGAAUAUUGCCUUACUUGUAUGGACAAAAACAAAUCUGAAUGUUGCAACGUAUUUCUUUUGCAGUUACAGAGGUGAAAUUGAAAUUGGAGGGAUUUUUCUGAAUACAAUGCCAAAAACUACUCUGACCAAAAUUAAAUGUAGAUAUAGUGCCAAAAAAUUAGUAUAAAAACAGUAUUUGCCUGCUUAGGGAGAUCCUGUUAAGUGCAGUCCCCUGCCAUAGACUGUAUGUGGAUUUAAGUGAAUCAGAUGAACCCUUUUUCAAAGUUCAGAAAUAUAAUAGAAGUAAAUUGUUUAUCAAAUGAAUAAAAGACUGAAAGCUAUACCAUCAUUUGAUUAAUUGGAAUUGAGAGAUGAGAUUGCGAAAUAGCCUUUCAUCAACAUGUUGUUCAUUGUAUGAUCAGCGAUAUUAGAGAGACGAAUGACCCAUAUUUUGUUGGCUUGACGAAACUUUUAUUUUUCCAAUCGUGAUGGAAUUUAGGGGAUGCAAAUGCUUUUAUCUGUAAAUGUGAUAUUGUAAGUAAAUGCAUAAUUAGUUGUUGAGCUUGAUUCAGUCUUUUCUUUUUAAUUCAAAGUAUUAUUUUGAAUAAUCUCCCAUGGCGUGCCCUUAUUGUACAGAGCCAUACCACGUUCUUACAGUAUUUGUGGUACCUCACUGUGGUGCCACCUUAUUCAUUGCAGUUGGGACAAAGCAUGAAAAUAAUUGUGAACGUGUCAGUAAAACAAACCUUUAAACGCAAACCUUAAAAAGACACAAAAAGCUAUUUUUGAAACAAAACCGACGGAUGACGAAAUGUUUGAUAUGACUGCCAACUGUCACAGCAUCGCGAACGUUCAGUGUUUUCUAAAUCAUGUUCUGGCAUUUACAUAGUUCAUGUAUGCCAAUGUGUUCAUGUAUUCACAUGCACAACUAAGUUUACUUUAAAAAAACAAAAACGAAAAAAAAAACGCAAAAUGAUUCAAUGCAGGUCAAAUCUUUAUUUAUAGUUAGAUAAACCUCAUUAUCUUAAAAUGACAAACACUGUCCAGCUGUGGAUAGCAUUAUACUUGACUUGUGUGUAACGUGACAGUUGUCGCUACACACUUCAUGCUUUUGAGGUUGUAAUAUUUGUCAGAGGAAGAUGUAUGAUUACGGAUAGAUCACUGUUUACAACAACAAUAAUAACAAUAACAAUAAUAAUUACACUUUACUGUAAAACUCAAGAGCCAACUGAAUGAUGUCUUGUCAUUUCAAAUGUGAUGAAACACUCGUUAACAUUCAUACAGGGAGUAUUCGUGAUCUUCUAAGGGGUCAUUCAGGAGUCCAAGGCUUGUGUUAUCUACACAAUCUUGCGGUACACUUACGAAGAACCUUACAUGUACAUUACUCACCAAUAUCCUCUUUUGCUUUCAUCUCAGUCAAAUGUGCACUGAUAAAGGCACUACAUAUGUUUAGGUAUCUGAAUGAUGUAGAAACCUGCUUGUGUUUCUUUUUUUCCACAAACGCAGCUUGACUCAACAUAUGGAAGCUCUUUUUUUCAAUUGAUUUAUUGGUCUUUUAAUAGAUCAUCAAGUCAACAAACUUCUGUUUAGUGAAAGAUUCAUAUGAACAUUUAAAGCCUAACAUGCCAUGCUGCUAAGCCUCAAAGCACAAUGCCCUGCAAUCAUGUGAUGUCAGAUUUGGUGGAGCUUGGCUUCUUGUCAGUAGAGGAAAAAGGGAAAUGGGAUGGGAUUUUGAAUACAUAACUUUCAAAUAGCACAUUCACUUUUGCAAUAGACCCACGUGUAAUCUACUCUGUGGAAGAGGGUGUUGACCCUGGUUUUCAUUAUGAAUUAUUGGCAUCUGCAGUAAGUAGUGGGUUGACUGCAGUGGUCAGUAGCUACACAUUACUCCGAGUCCUCGUUGUCUGUGAGUGUUGGUCUCUCUGUCUCAGUGUGCGUAUGGCAGAAAUGAAUCUGUGUAUUGCCAUUACCCCCAUGCAACACCAGUGUUUGGACAUUGACACAGCACAGACCAGUGUCUUCGCUAAGGUCAGUUGCUUCCAUUUUCACAACUCCCAUGCAGCUAUUUCAGGUUGCUGAUGGGAGUAUUUUAUUGAAGUAAAAUUAAGGUUAAAAAAAAAAUCUGUAAAAGCAAUCCAAAGCAACGUUGGCACCAGCGAUACGGUGGACUAGGAGACGGUGAUCGCCCCGGUGGAAAAGCAAAAAAAAGACGGAUGGGUUAUGACUUUGUAAAUAGUAAUUGUGUGGAAACUCCCGGCGUCAAUAAGAUGAAGGAUCAUAGAUCGUAACAUGGACUGAUGAAUAAUUUUGAACUUAGAUAAAACUCUCAGAGACAUGAAGUCCCCAGUGUACACAGUUCAGGUGUCGCUUCUCUCAACCGUGCAACUCAGAAUCUCCUGAUGGGAGAUUUGAAUGAAUGUAAAAAACCAUGGAUUGUACCAUUUAUCAUUUCUGAUUGUUUGGUUUUAUUUUGUUUUUGUUUUAACAGACAUAAAUGCACUUGUAUAUAAGCCAUACCUGUUGUUAAAAUAAACCACUAUUUAUUGAUCAAC